AUGAAGGCCUACGCUGUUGUCCUGUCCCUCGCCACCCUGGCCGUUGCCCAGAUGAACGGAGGAGCCGCCCCCGUUCCCCCUCCCGCCCCGGCGGCCGGAGACACCCCCGCUUGCGCCGAGGCGAAGAUUCUGGCUGGUGGCAUCGCCUUGAACAUCGAGGUCCAGCAACAGGAGGUUAACGGUGUCAACGCCGUUAUGCAGGCUCUUCAGGCCAACCCUCCCAACCCCCAGCAGUUCCAGACCGCCAAGUCCAACCUCCUGUCUUUCGUCAGCGACGGUAUCCAGGUCAGACAGGCCAACCAGCUCAUCGCUCCCUCUGGCAAUAUGGCCACCCAGGGACUCGCUGUUGUCGCCAACGCCCAGCUCUCUGAGUUGCAAAAGGUUGCUGGUCUUACCGGCAACCCCGCACAAGAUAUGCCCGUCGUCCAGUCACUUAUGAUGGAUUUCUCUGGUGGUAUCAAGAAGAACAUGGAGAACCAGCAAAUGGCCGUACAAGGCGCUUGCUAG